CCCGCCGAACAGUUUGUCCUGUGUCCGCCGCAAUACGCGGGCGCACCGCCGACUUACGCCGUCGAUAUACGUAACUGUUGAAGAACAGCCGAAUUUCCGUGAUAUCCUUCCAUCGGUGUGGACUGUGAAACUGACGGUCACAAACUCAGUUUUUGCUGCAUCAGCUAGCCCUAAAGAAGCCAAAAGUGGAACCACAAUGAUGGUUGAAUAUCAAGUCCGGGCUUUGGGGUCUUGCGAUUAUAAGAUUGAGAAGGAGAAAUGUUCGGUGGUGGAUAGCAGCAUGCGGAGUGCUAUCGGAGGUCUGAGCGCCUAUGUACAAUGCCCAUGCGGAAACUCCCAUUACCAGCUGAAGCAAAACUGUCAUGUGUUUGUCAACUUGACCUUUUUCCCGGAGAAGACGACCGGGGAAAGCACAGACCGUCUGGAUUUAAAGCGAUUGCGGGAAUCGCAGACACUGUCCGACUGCAAAUUGGUUUGUGCUGGUGUUUCCCGUGCAUCGCGCCAUCUUGGCUGCCCAGUCGUCCGUUUUUGCCGCCAUGUUUCAGAACGACAUGUUGGAGAAGUCGUCCGGAGUCUGCAAGAUCGACGACAUCGGUGCGGAUCUUCUGGAAGUGAUUAUUCACUUCGCCUAUACGCGUGCGCCCUUCAAAAUCACAAAUUUAAUGGGGUUGUGGCAUGCAGCGGACAAGUACGACAUGGAAGAUCUGCGUGCGGAAUGUGUGCGUCGGAUGGCCAGCUCUAUCACGGCGGAUAACGCUUUGCAGUAUUUCAGGUUUGCUCGUGAACACGGUUUGACCAAACUGAUAAUGGCCGCCGGAAAGUUCAUUGGUCAAGAUCCACUUAACAUCAGUUAAACAUGGCCAUGGACUGACACAGUGACACUACUGUGUAUAAACUAUAAAGCUGCUUUUCGUUGUGACUUGUGAGUGCGUCGACAUUUGUCGUGAACAGUACUGGAUAUACAAUUUGUUUCCGUUUUGGGUUUUCUUACAGCCGAAGUUAUCAUGAAUGCUGUUCUAAUCGCAGGAAUUGUUAAUAAUGUUUGUA